CCAUCUUAUCAAAUAAUCUGUUUGUCCCUCCAAAAUUUAUAUUUUCGAUACCAAUAACUCAUUUCAAGGCCUAGUAUAUACAAAUUAUUUCUGUCAUAUCCCCAGAUUUUUACUAAAUCAUGCGAUAUGUCUCAAGAUUUAUCUGCCGGCGUGGUAAAUGAUCCAAUAUCGAUUUCGUACGAACUCAGAUCCAACCCUCACCAUAAUAUUUCUGAUCUAAAUGCGACUACGGAUACUAAAGAACAAGAAGCCACUACGGCUAAGAUGAAUUUGGAAUCAUCCACAACUCAAAUGUUGGAUAACGUAUCCGCAUCUGCACCAGAUCCACAAGGGCUUAAUGCUCCAGACGUUCAUUCGCAAUCAUGCCUUGGCCUAGUCGAAGAAUCUGCCGUUGAUAACGAGUCAAAGUUGAUAAUCGAUACGGCAACGGCAACAACAGGAGGGGCAGUGAUUGCGGAAAAUACCACUUCAGUCGUACCACCAAUACCUACCGUACGACCACUCGAAAAUAUAAACGCCCCGACCGAAACCCAGCCCUCUACAUCUGCGACCACUGCCACAACCACAAUAUCUCCUAAUACUGAACAGCAUUGUCAAUCAUCAAGAAACUCUAUUAUUAUAGACCCACAGACUUCAAGCAGCAAUCCUACUGCGGAUCUCGCGAAUACCCCGAAUAAAGAUAUGAAUGUCGUCAAAAUCAAAGCAGCUCGUCGGAAAAUGGCUCGCGUCAAGGCACAUCCAAAUGCCUUGACAGUCUAUGAGGCUGAGCUGACAAGUAAGGACAGGGCGACUCAAAAAGAAGCAGUUCGGCAAUACUUGGAGAAGAAUGUGAAGCAGGACUGGACUUGGACCUGGCCAGCUGAAGAAAAUGAACCUAUGGAUAUAAAGGAUGCAUUGCUUAAGGAGCCUUCUUUGAAUGAGCUCCAAGUUGCCAGUACGGAUAGCCCUGCGUAUAAGGAAGAGUGGCGAGAAAGAGACGAGUGGGAAAGCGAUCCCACCGAGAGCGAGAGUGAAGAUCCUAGUUCGCCCAAAGGGCCCGUCAAUAUCAAUUCUCCAGACAGAGAGAGCCCUUUCAGGUUUGACAACCCUGAUGGUGUAGGUCAGUUGGUCAAACAAAGAAGAGCUGCACGAAGACGCCGACACAAAAAGAAGCUUGCCGCGGAAAUGGAAUGGAACACAGGAGUACACUGUUAUGUAGAAAGACGUGAUGCAUGGACUUGCGCCCGAAGUGUCCCUCCUCCAUCUGGACGGGAACUCCAAGGCAUCGAAAAUUUACCAAUUCAUUCAAAUGGAAAUUCACGCAAACCUGUGGAUGAUUCAUCAGACUCAGAAGGAUGGGAUACUGAAGUGCCAAUUGCCAAAUCUCUACUACCACCAGAUAAUGCAAUGAGAGCAAGCAUCACCCCUCAAGCUUACAGCACCAUAUACGACAAAGUUAUCCUACAAUCACUGACACCUAGUUGUCCUAUCAAUCUAUCCGAUGUCAUACAGAGCUGCGUGCAAGGAUGGAAACGGGAUGGUGAAUGGCCCCCUUCUUCAUCUGUCCCUGAACCUGGUUUUGCGGCGAAGACAAAGCAAAGGAGGUUGAGCAUGCUGAGCAUGUUAGGGCUAAAUGGACCCGAAGCGAAGCCAAUUAGUCCUAUGGCAGAAAAAAGUCCACAGACGCCAAGUUCAAUCAAAAAGGGGUUACAAAAGUUCUGGAAACGCGGAGACAAAACCAAAGGUACGCCUGAGGGUGGGGCGGGAGCUUAGAAUUUUGAUACAGAAGAGCUACUGCAUAUAUCCUAUCAAAUGGGUUUUAAGGGAAUGGCAUGGCAUAGCAUAACCUGGCGUUAAUGAAGGGCACUCAGGGCGAUAUUCGGUAUGAAGUUACGAAGGGCAUGUUGAAUAAGCGGAUUUUAUGAGGCAUAAUCACUGUUGGAUCAGGUUGUCGGGCUAGCAUCAUUAUUAUGAGAUUACCUCCGGACUAUUAAUAUGAUCAUUAUCUUCUAAUAUUUACUUUAGGAGCUUCAAGUCAAUAUCUUAGGCUUCCUC